AUGUCGAAAGCAAUCCUCGUCACAGGUGCCACUGGCAAGCAAGGCGGCAGCGUCAUCACGAACCUCCUCAAGCAAGACGCCGAUGUCGAGAUACUCGCCGUCACUCGUGAUGUCAACUCUGCUAGUGCCACCAAGCUCGCUGCAAAGUCUCCCAAGAUCAAACUAGUGCAGGGCAACCUGGACCAAGUAGGCGAGAUCUUCGCCAAUGCCAAAAAGGCCACAACCAAGCCAAUCUGGGGUGUAUACAGUGUGCAACUCGCAGACUUGAGUGGAAAAACCGACACCGAAGAGAAACAGGGCAAGGCCCUUGUCGACGCGGCGCUCAAGAACAACGUCAAGCACUUUGUAUACAGCUCUGUCGACCGCGGCAACGAAGCCUCGCUGAACAAUCCGACGUAUAUCCCGCACUUCAUCCACAAGCACAACAUUGAGCAUCACCUAAUCGACAGCACCAAGGGUACGGAUAUGCAAUGGACAAUUCUUCGGCCAGUGGCAUUUAUCGAUGGUCUUUCGAAUGACUUCUUGGGCAAGGUGUUCGCUACGGCCUGGAAGGUCGUACUGAAGGGGAAGCCGUUGCAGGUUGUUGCCGUGUCGGAUAUUGGAUUCUUCGCCGCCCAAGCCUUCAUCAAGCCGGACGAGUACAGAGAAAAGGCACUAUCAAUUGCGAGUGACGAGCUCACCUAUGACGAGUUUGCGAAGAUCUUCAAGAGCAAGACAGGAAAGGAUGUGCCGACAACGUUUGAUUUCCUCGCGCGCUUUGUCCUGUGGAUGGUGACUGAUCUCGGCAAGAUGUAUCGCUGGUUCCAUGACGAGGGAUACAAGGCUGACCUUCAGGAGCUCAAGAGGAUGCAUCCCGGGUUGAAGGAUUUCCGGAGCUGGUUGGAGACGGAGAGUGCUUGGAGGGAUUAA